AUGAGGCAAAACCAGAUACAUCCCGAGACAAGCCUAAUUGGGCCCAGUCAGGUUACUCCGAACAUUACGGAGACGACGGGAUCGGUGGAUCAGUUUGCAGUUGGGGAGAUAGAUGCUUCUCCAAUACUCAAUAGAACGUCGACAUAUGGAAAUAAUACAGGGAAUGUUGACAGAAGGCCUCCGACCCCUCGAGAGUCUGAAAUCGAUCGAGAGGAGGCCACAAUGGACCUCCAAGCUAUAAAUUGGGAGCAUCAUGGGCCUGGUUCAUGGCUCUCUAUUUGUUCAGCUCCGGGCGUGCAAUGGGUUUCUGCUAAAGCGGGCACCACUCGAUUCCAUGAAAUUGCCCAGGGACUGGUCAUGGGUUGGACGAAAAAAUUGACGCUGAGCUCAGACACAAUUCGUGAAAGAUGCCCAGAGCCAGGGAUCGAAAAUGCUUGGAAAUACGUGUCAGCUUAUUUUGAGAACUCGCGAGAUAGUGUUUUCGGUGUUGUUCUCCGCUCCAGUUUCGAGAGUCGACUUCGUAUCCAUUUUCAGAAUGCCAACAGACCCGAUGAGGACGUUGGUUGGUAUGCCUUGCGGAAUGCUGUGUAUGCAAUAGGGCGUCGAGUCGCGGUAUCAAUGGACGAAACUAGGGACUUCGCAGAAAUCCAGUCGGAGUCCUUACGAUUCUUUCACAAUGCCUUUUCCGUUUUUGCGGAGCUUCUAUUUAGGCCCAGCGGACUAAUGGCCGUGCAGGCACUGGUCGUGAUGACUUCCUUCGCUGAGCUUUUAGGAAGUCCGGCUGUCGAGUACAUGCUCUGUGCGUCAGCAGUUCGACUCGCACAAUCAAAGGGUCUUCACCGACAGCCAUCAAGGGCAUGGAAUCUUCCAAGAUCAGAGGUGGUACACAGGAAUUGGGUAUUUUGGGCCGCAUAUUGCUAUGACAAGAAUAUUGCGUUGCGAUCGGGCCGUCCGUCGGCGUUUGACGACGAUGAAAUAAGCUGCGAGAUACCCAAUGAGCUUCCUGAUGGAAGUAGGUCGGAUAUUGAAGUGAUUAUUGCUGCUAUAGAGCAUGCUAAAAUCUGCGCAAAGAUAAGCAAACAGCUUUUAUCAGCACGGGCAUUUAAUCAGUCACCCAAAUCGCUCUUCGACACAAUGGAAACGUUGGAAGAUAAACUGCGAAUGUGGCGGAAUUCUCUCCCAGAUCAUCUAACCCUAGCCAAGCAGAAUGAUUACCAGCCGUUGAGGAACUCUUACCAAUGCAAAGCAAACAUUUUGCGGUUACACUACUUAUACUGGGGAAGUGUCAUUUCUUUGAAUGCAAAUUUUCAUUAUCCUUGGAUAAGUUCGUUGCUUGCUCGCCAAGAGCCGUUUUUUGAAGAUCGAAUGUUGAAAAGCUCGACUCGGGCUGCUGAAGCUUCACGACAGAUUUUGUGGACUUUGAAGGACACCGAGCUCGAUACGUCGUCUUCAUCCCCGAUUGUUUUUUACUUCCCCAUGCUCGCGGUUAUCAAUCUGUUUAUCUACAUCCUCAAAAUCCCGACGCUUGAGACAGUCGAAUCGGACCUUGCGCUUCUCGACCUCGCGAGCGGUCAUUUCGCAAAAGUUCAUUUUCUCACAUCGUCACAAGUAUCGUUCACUUUUGCGAGAGAAAUCGUCGGCCUAGCAAACAAAGCUGUACGAAUGGCGACGAUGGUAGCGCCUAGGAGCACAAAUCGCUCGAGCGCUUAUUCACCUGACCCUUUUUCAGUAAAUAUGUCUGGAGAACCGGUAAGCCUGUAG